GAAAGMCAGCUGGUUCCCGCCGAUUUAGACCUAGAUGUGAGCUGUGCAAAUCUUAGUUUCGUUUUUUUGCAGAGAAAACUAAGAAAUCAUACGAAAAAUACCCAUAGAAUACACAAAUAAUCGUCGGGAGAAAGACUUGAAGGACUGGAUCAAGCGAUCACUUUCUUAUUGAGAGAAGACAUGACAUCGUACCAACUUGCCGGUGGAACGGCAUCGCAGGACGAUACAUUUGAGGACCCUGCAAAUAAUAUUGACUGUAGCACAAGUCCUGAAUCGGAUCGAGAUCGCGAAAGACGACUUAGGCGGGAAAUAGCUAACUCGAACGAGAGGCGAAGGAUGCAGAGCAUAAAUUCAGGCUUUCAGGCCCUCAGAAUGUUAAUUCCCAAUGCAGAGGGAGAAAAACUUAGCAAGGCAGCAAUUCUGCAGCAAACCUCAGAAUAUAUAUUCUCUCUUGAGCAAGACAAAACACGCCUUUUGCAGCAAAAUACAACCCUAAAGCGAAUUCUUAGCCACUGUGAGCGAAAAGGGCAGACCAAAAGCGAAGAUAGUCGUCUUCCGUGUAAGCGAUUGAGGAGGGCAUCAGACACUGAAAACACAGACCAAGCACGUGCUAUUCCUAAUAACACUAUUAAAUCCAGCACUAAGGACGAAAAUGAUAACAACAUUACGGAAGACAGUUUGUUAGAAGAUUUACAAAAAGAGCUCAUUGAUUUGAGAUGCCAGCUGGAGAAGGAACGCCGAUUACGUAUUUCAUUAGAGGAACAGAAACAGAAAUUUGAGGCCGAUUUGAACGAGCUUAAAUCCAAAUCGCACCACAACUCAAACAAGGCACUUGCCGCAACACGACAGAACUUAGAUACAAUAGUCCAAGCAAUCAAACAUCUCGAAGGAGAUGGGUUAGAAUGCGAUGAAACACCCAUAAAAUUCAAAUCCGAUGUGCUAGGUAACAAUUCGGAGUUCACCUCACGGCGUUUGAUUGUAUGAUAAUGGUUUGAGAGAACGAAAACACAGCUGAUGUGUUAUAGUAGGUUCAAGGCGAACCAAUGAAAUUUACCUACAUCAAGGAGUACAUUUCUCUCGAACAUGUGUGUCUCGAUUUAUAAAGAAUGAUUUUUAGUACUGUGACUUUGUAAAUGAUCUUUUAACUAUUUUGUAGUGGAUUUUAGUAUUUAUGACUCAUAACUAAGAAAGUUUGUUUAUGAAUUUAAUAUUACGAAAUGGGGCAACAACAGCCCGGCUUAUCGAUAGAGUACUGAUCCGCAUGAAAGAUUUUCUAUUAACUCACAUUGUAUUUAUCAACUUUUAUACUUCACUCGAUUUUCCACCAAUAUAUAGAAUGUAGUAGGUUUUGAAAUCUUAAAAUAUAUUUAGUAAAAAGACAGUGGAAGCAGGGCUUUAGCUGUCCAACCAUUUUAAAGCAAAAAUAGCAGAUGAAAGUUCAGAUGUUUACGAAGACCCAAUUGAUUCAUUGAGGAUCAGCUGAUCGUAUAUGGUUAUUCUUAAAAGUGUUGUAAACAUGAGGUACAGCGUUGUUAUGAAUAAAUAUUAUAUUCUGGAUAA